GCAAACCAAUCGCCAUUGCUCGUCGUCGUCGUUGUUUAUGAGCCCCGCGCUGAAGGCGAAGUUGACUCCGCUCGCGGGCACGCCGGAGUCGCUCUCUCCCCUCCCCCUCCCUCUCCACCUCGUCCACACCGCUAUCUUCUGUCUUCGACGACGUCGUUAUCGGCGGCGGUAUCGUCCGUCGAGAAGAAUUACCGCGGGAUUUGUAAUCAUCGUUUCGUGAGCAGCGACGGUGAAGAGACACGCGGCUGCCGGGAGGUGGUGGCCACGACUUGAGGGCGGCGAGGGGGUUCAACAUCAUCAUCGGAAAGCUUUCCUCAUCAUCCUCUUAUCUUCUCGCCUCAUUUCCCUCCUUCAUCUUCUUGUUCCUUCAUCGUGACCGCGGCUGUGACCGCAACGGAGGCUGAUUCAGCUCCCGGGUCGGAAAAAAUCGGAGCAGCCGCUGUGGAUUUACAUUUUUAUUUUUUUCGGAAGGUUGUGGUUGGUGGUGGCGGUGGUCGUGGUUGUUGUUGUUGUUGUUAGUCUCUGCAGUGUACUACAGCCUCUGGUUCGACCAUUUGCGGCGUGCGUGUUGCACAGAGACCCUCACCGACAACUCGAGGAGGUUGAACUCAGGAGGAGGAUAUCGCACGAGUCUGAGGUGUGAAGUAGUCUCAUCGUGAUGGUGUUACUACUACGACUACUCUAGGACUCGGGGGUGGGUUGGGGAGAGACUCGGUUCGUUCAUCUGCCUCGCCUGGACACGUACCACACCGGGACCCUUUCGACACGAGCAGCAUUCGUGAAGUGAGCGAGCGUGGUGGGACACGUCCAGUGUGUGUGCAGCAUUGUCGAGGAGGAGGAGGAAGAGGUUCGUUACGAGCCCCCUGUCCUUUGAGGGAGAAGUGAGGCAGGGAGGAACGUCAAAGAGAGUCAGGAGAGGGGACACGGACGACACCAGCAGCAAGAGGAGGACACGGCAGCGUCUUUGCUGUGGCUGGAACACGGUGGAGUGAGUAGGAGGAGGAGGAUAGGGGCCCAUCGGUGGGGACUGCAUCAUCGACGACAACAACAACACCACCGAUCGAUCUACCUCAUCGUCGUGGGCCUGUGCAGUGAGGAGGGCUGUGGAGCCUUCUCGGCUGGAUGCGAGCAUGAAGCCCGGCACACAGGGCCGACGCAUCGUGGCCGCCUUCACCGUGGCGUGGCUGCUCGCGUUGCUGGCCCCAUCGCCCACCUCGGCCAUCAUCUGCUCGAGCAUGGACGUGCGGAACACCGUGUCUCAGCUGAAGCAGCUUGAGAACUGCACCAUCAUCGAGGGCUACCUGCAGAUCCUGCUCAUCCGCGACCCGAGCCCCAGCUACUUCCGUGGGAUCAGCUUCCCCAACCUCACCAUGAUCACCGACUACCUGCUGCUCUUCCGUGUCUACGGUCUCGAGAGCCUCAAGGACCUCUUCCCGAACCUCGCCGUCAUCCGUGGCAACCGCCUCUUCUACAACUACGCCCUCGUCGUCUUUGAGAUGCUCAACCUCAAGGAGCUGGGCCUGUACGGGCUGCGCAACAUCACGCGCGGCGCCGUGCGUCUGGAGAAGAACGAGGACCUGUGCUACGUGGCCAGCCUCGACUGGACGCUCAUCCUCGACUCGGUGGAGAACAACUACAUCCAGGGCAACAAGCCCGUGAGCGAGUGCUCCGACAUCUGCCCCGACCUGCUCAUUAACGACUGCAAGUGCCCCCGCACCAGCUUCAACGGCCAGAUCUCCUUCCGUUGCUGGAACUCCCAGCACUGCCAGACAGAUUGCCGGUCGGACUGCGGGCGGCGUGCCUGCGCCAACGGCGGCGGGUGCUGCCACAUGGAGUGCCUGGGCGGCUGCUACCGCCCCAACGACCCCACCGCCUGCACCUCCUGCCGCCACUUCUUCCACUGGCCCGCCACGGCCGCCGCCUCCGCCGGCGCCGUCACCAGCUCUCCGGGCACCCAAGGCCAGGGUCCGAGCGCGUACCAGGGCACGGGCCCCGUGGAGUGCGUGGCCACCUGCCCCUUGGGCACGUACCGCUUCAAAAACUGGCGGUGCGUGAGCUUCGAGUUCUGCCGCGAGGAGAACCGCAAGUGCCGGGGCGACAAAAUCUGCGCCGAGUACGUGAUCCACGACGGGGAGUGCGUCACGGGCUGCCCCUCCGGCUACAUGACGGACGAGAGCAGCAUGACCUGCAAAAAGUGCGAUGGGCUUUGCCCCAAGGUGUGCCACGUAAACAAGAAGAUCAUCGACUCCGUAACGGCCGCCCAAGACCUCAACGGCUGCACCGUCAUCAAUGGCAGCCUGGACAUCAACAUCCGAGGAGGCAACAACAUCGCGGCCGAGCUGGAGGCGAACCUGGGACGCAUCGAGGAGGUGACGGCCUACGUGAAGAUCAAGCACUCGUACGCGCUCAUCUCGCUCUCCUUCUUCCGCAACCUGCGCCUCAUCAAGGGCGAGACGCUCGAGACGGGAAACUACUCGUUCUACGUCCUGGACAACCAAAACCUCCAGCAGCUCUGGGACUGGGACCGUCACAGCCUGACCAUCGAGAGGGGCAAGAUGUUCUUUCACUCCAACCCCAAGCUUUGCCCCGCCGAGAUCCACCAGAUGGCGAACAAGACGGGAACCUGGGGCCGUCAGGACGAGAGCGAAAUGUCGGGAAAGACCAACGGAAACCAGGCUUCCUGCGAGAGCACUCUGCUGGAACUGACGACCCUCAAGACGAGCCAGACCAUGAUCAUAGCCACGUGGACAAACUACCGGCCCCCGGAUUACCGGGACCUCCUGGGAUUCGUCAUCUACUACAAGGAGACGAUAUACCAGAACGUGACGGAGUACGAGGGGCAGGACGCGUGCGGCUCCAACAGCUGGAUGUUCCAGGACCACGAGCCGCCUUCUCUGCCCUCCAACAAGGGGACGAACCAGACGGCUCAGCAGAGCCAGCCGCGCGCGAUGCUCGCGGGGCUCAAGCCCUGGACGCAGUACGCCAUCUUCGUCAAGGCCUACAUGCUCACCACUUCCAACGAGGGCCGAAACCACGGCGCCAAGAGCAACAUCAUCUACGUGCGCACCAAUGCCAGCGUGCCGUCCAUCCCACGCGACAUGGUCUCCGUUUUCGCGUCCAACACGACGAUCAAGGUCAAGUGGAAUCCGCCCAUGAACCUCAACGGGAACCUCUCUUACUACCGCCUCUUCUGGCAGCGCCAGCCUGAGAACAGCGAACUCUUCGAACGCAACUACUGCCAGACAGGCAAAGUCCCGUCGCCGGACCACUCGCCCGGCACGGUGGACUCCGACGACGUCCCCGGCAAGGGCAACUCAACGACCGGCGACGGCCACUCCACUACCUGCUGCGCCUGCCCCAAGCCGGAGAGCGAGAUCGAGAAGGAGAAGGAGCAGGCAGCUUUCCAAAAGGCCUUUGAGAACUUCUUGCACAACACCAUCUUCAUACCCAGACCGCCGGGCAGUAAGUCUGGGGAGAUUGGCGACAGUAGGCCGUCAAGACGCCGGCGCGAGGCUCCGGCCGCCCCCACCUCCCCGUUCAACAACGCCAGCGUGGUGAUGCUCAACGGCGGCAGAGGUGGCGACGAUCUGCCCUUCUUCGGCCGGACGACGGACGGCCCCGCUGGCGGCGGCGGCGGAGGGGCGCGCACCACCGCGGCCCCCCGUGACAACUUCCCCACGAUGGACAAGGUCGUGCGGCAGCGCGAGUUUGCGGUGAUCGAAGGCCUGCGCCACUUCACGGUGUACCGCAUCGACAUCCAAGCGUGCAACCACGCCGCCGCCGACCUCGGCUGCAGCAUGCAGAACUACGUCUUCGCCAGGACCAUGCCAGAGCCCCACGCCGAUGAUAUCCCGGGCUCCAUGGCGGCCAAGCUGCUCAACGGCAACAUUGUAUUCCUGUCGUGGCCCGAGCCCACCAAUCCCAACGGGUUCAUCAUCCUCUACGAGAUCACCGUCUGGCGAGAGCAGCAGCAGGUGGAGCGGCUGGAGUGCGUGUCGCUCACCGCCUACCGCAAAGAGGGCCACGGCAGGAAGAUCCACGGCCUGCUGCCCGGCAACUUGACGGCACGCGUGCGCGCCACCUCGCUCGCCGGGAACGGGUCCUGGAGCGAGCCCAUCAGCUUCGUCGUGCCCACGCCCCCCGUGGCCCAGCCCAGCCAGGUGAUCCCCGUGGUGGUCAUCGUGGUCUCCCUACUGCUCGUAUUAGUGGCCAUCGGCGCUGGCCUGCUGUUCUUCUUUGUCAAGAAACGGAAUGAGGCUCGUCUGCCCAACGGGAUUUUGUACGCGUCUGUGAACCCCGAGUACAUCAGCACCAACGAAGUGUACAUCCCCGACGAGUGGGAGGUGGCGCGCGAUAAGAUCCUGCUGCUGCGCGAGCUGGGCCAGGGCUCGUUCGGGAUGGUCUACGAGGGCAUGGCGCGCGGCGUUAUCAAGGACGAGCAGGAGACGCGCGUCGCCGUCAAGACGGUGAACGAGGGCGCGAGCCUGCGCGAGCGUAUCGAGUUCCUCAACGAGGCCUCCGUCAUGAAGUCCUUCAGCUGCCACCACGUGGUCCGUCUGCUGGGGGUGGUGUCGCAAGGGCAGCCGACCCUGGUGGUUAUGGAGCUCAUGACCCACGGCGACCUCAAGAGCUACCUGCGCUCCCUUCGCCCCGACGCCGAGAACAACCCGGGGAAGCCGCCACCCACGCUCGAGAAGAUCGUGCAGAUGGCCGGAGAGAUUGCCGAUGGCAUGGCCUACCUAAACGCCAAGAAAUACGUGCACCGCGACCUCGCCGCUCGCAACUGCAUGGUGGCCGAGGACUACACGGUCAAGAUCGGGGACUUCGGCAUGACGCGCGACAUCUACGAGACGGACUACUACCGCAAGGGCGGCAAGGGCCUGCUUCCCGUGCGCUGGAUGGCGCCCGAGUCCCUCAAGGACGGGGUCUUCACGACGCACUCGGACGUGUGGUCCUUUGGCGUGGUGCUGUGGGAGAUUUCCACGCUGGCCGAGCAGCCCUACCAGGGGAUGUCCAACGAGCAGGUGCUCAAGUUCGUCAUGGACGGCGGCCUCCUGGAGCGGCCGGAGAACUGCGAAGAUCGGCUGUUCGAGCUGAUGUCGCUCUGCUGGCAGUACAACCCCAAGAUGCGGCCUAACUUCGUGGACUUCAUCUCCAUACUGAAGGACGAACUGGACGCGUCAUUCCGCGAGAUGUCCUUCUUCUACAGCGAGGAGAACCGGCAGCACGCCGAGCCCGAGGAGAGCGACCAGGACGGCGAGAACACCGAGUGCUCGCCGCUCGACCCAUCCAGCUCCGGCGCGGGGGUCGGCGAGCCCAACGGGGCCAGCCUACACGGCGGCGGCGCGGCUUCCGCGCAGGCUGCGGGCGGGCCGCGGUGCCGCGAGAACGGGCCACUCUCGCUUCACUUCCGCGGCGGCAGCCAGGCGAGCCCCCCGGCCGGGCCGGCGGCGGCGGCGGCGGUCGCGGCCGUGCCGGGCGGCUGCGCGGGCAGCGGCGGCUGCAGCAACUACGAAGCGCACCAGCCGUUCGGCGUGUCCAAUCGAGCCAACGACCCUCGCUACAGCAGCCCGCCGCUCAGGUCGUCGCCGUCAUAACGCCGGCGCGGCCGCCGUAGGGGACCCUCCGCCGUUUGUGCGCGCCCUGUAACCUCCGGCCUCGACGCGACGAUGCCGUUUCAGCAGGGGGAAGAGAGGGAGUUGAGGCGGCCCUUCCACCAAAGUGAUUUUUAAUUGUUUCGUUGUUGUUGCUUGUUCGUUCCCAUUGGUUUGUGACGAAACGGCGGAGCGGCCGGGUUUGGGGGACGGCAGGAAAAGCCGUUUGCGAUUGUCCCUCCGUCUUGAAGCCGGUGUCCCUCCGGCGCCUGCCGUGAAGCGGGCUACGGAGUCGCCCGGCAUCUUGAGAGUCGGGGCGACGUCGCCGCGGGACCCUGAAUCCGAUCGGUCCGCUUUGAAAAAGCCAUCGUGUGGGAGGAAGAGUUCCGAGUCUCCACUUUAACUACCUUUUUAAUUUCAUUCUGUUGGCAGCGAACCAAUCCACGGGACAGCUUUUGGAGCAAAGAGCAGCACCCUCUUGGUUUUUCAAAGGAAGAAGUUUUUUUUUUUAUUUUGUUGUCAAAGAGGCGACGAAACAGUGUUUGUGCCAGCCUCUGUUGACCCAGCUACACACUACUAUCAAGAAGUGCACCCGCUCGACAGAACUGUGCGGCACUUGAUUCUCACUACAGUUCCAGCACUGUCGGCAAGAAAGCAGAACUUUCCUGGGGACCGUCGAGCGACUGACGACGAAUUUGUUGAAGACUUUUGAGAGCACCCCGAGGCGAGGGGAGGUUCCUUUGUGGGUUUUGAUUUCCCGUCACCCCCCCCCCCACCACCCCCGAUUCAGCUGCGGAAUCUUAAGAUGCCAAAUGUACACGACGUUGGUGGAAUAUACGAAAACGCUUUUCAUUAUUUUCUUCGGAGGGUUUGUUAUUUUGUCUCGUGUUGGUGACCUUUGUGGCUACAGCGUUGCUGCUGCUGCUGCAUCUGCUGCGUUCCUCAAGAUGUUCCGUUGUCCCCAACGGAACGGCAUAUCGGGACAUCAUCUUCACGAGCUUGUGCGAUGGCCGGCGUCUCCGUCUCGUCGUUCCCGAUCUUGUAGCCGGGGUUGCGUCCGUGCGUGUGGGUCAAGUUUUGUGCUUUUCGAAUGUUUCAAAAGCAGCGUGUAAUAGUGAAGAGGGGGUGGGCAGGUGUUCUGGGAGAAAGCUAACACAGCACUUAACUCAAUAGGUUUGCACAUCCCUUACCAGAGGAUUUUGUAUUUUUGUUUUACUCUCUUGGUAAUGUGUUUUUCUUCUUCUCUGAGCCUACACUUUCAGUGCUGACAACUGCUGCUAAACAGUGCUAACCCAUUACAAACAGGAACAUUCGUUUUGACGUUUGUUCCUCAUCCGAAAAUCGCGCACGUGCAAAUAAACGCCGUUGAACCGCGGCUGUACAUAAGGAAUGUUGGAGGGAGCUCGGGGGGGGGGGGGGGGGGGUGCGUCUGUCGCUUGCGCUUUGCAUUUUCCUGAUUAACUGUGAUAGGCAUUUAGCGUUUGAAAAACAAAGUAACGUGUUUUAUCCCGUUAAUCUGCUGGGGUUUCUUUUUUUUUACUUCGUCAAAGCAGAGUGGUUCACCCAAGACGUGGGAAUUGCCUCAACGAAAUAAAAUGGUUUUUAUUUCAAAUUUGAGCAACCAAUAAUAAUGAUGAUGAUCAUUACCUUUUCAAAAAAAAUAAAAAAUCUGAGGUAUAAUUUUAAGAGGCCGUUUUAUAUAAUAAAUAAAAAUAAAUGUUUCCCCCCUCGUGCCCGCCCAAGAUGCUCUCUGCAGUAUUCACGCCUAAUCUCACGAUGGAUUUUAGUUCCGAAGGACAGCGGUUGCAGUCCGUGCGUCCAUCAUCCAAUCCAUCGCCUGCGCUUGCUCUCUCAGGCACGUCUGCCCGUCUGCCCGCCGGCCCGUCUGCCCGCCGGCUCACCGGCCCGCACGCAGCAGCAGCAGACCCAGCAACUCCUUUCAACCCUCCGCUGCUUUUGCCGCCGCCGUUUUUGUUAUUUCGAAUCUCGCGCCCUUUCGUCAGGGUCCGCUUCUUUUAUUCCUCAUUUCGUUUCAGUUGAAACCGCGACCACUGUCGUCGUCAUCAUCAUGGUGCAUUUCAGAUAUCUGUUUUAACCGUUUAUAUUCUCAUCGGUAAACACUACAAAGAAGCAUCUCUGCAAACUCAGGUGUAAACCAGUUCCGUUACAUUCAAUUACCGGUUGUAUAUAUUCAUUACGUGAGUACUUUGGGAGCUAAGGAUUGUGGGAGGAAAGGGGGGCAAAUGAAGCUGGACGGGGGGGAGGCGUUGGUCGGCCCUCUCCGGACUUUGAAUCAUUGCGUGACUUUCUUAGUCUUUCCGACUGUUUAUUUUUUCUUUAGCGUUUUAAUCAAUUCCUCACCGAACCUUUUGUAAUUCUAAAGAUUUUCAUAUAUUUGAAAAGAGAGCAUUUGCUAUGUUAUUUAUUUUGUGAUAUUAUCGAGAGAAACGAAGGGGGGGGGGAGAGGAAAAAGUGCGUUGUCGUGUGACCGUGAAAAAGGAAUCGUGCUGUUGAAGAUUUUAAGAAAUGCAUGUCGUUGAUAACAAAACAAAGUUAUUAUUUUGCUGUUCAGUUAGUUUACAGUGAGAGUCCAUCUUUCUACAAGUUGUCUUCAACCAUCUCCCUAGUCGCUUUUCAAAUAAAUGUUUUCUUUUGU